UCUCCGCGCUUCCGCCGCCUCGCCGCUCCGCGAAAUGGCAGCGCGCGGGUGCCGGCGGCUGCUGUGGUGCGGCCGGCGCUGGUUCUCGCAGGCCGAGUCCGCCGCGCUCCCGCGGCCGCCCGAGUCGCUUUACCCGCCCAUCGUAGCGUCCGCCACGGCCAAGAGCAAAGCGGCUAAGCGGCGGCGCCAUGAGUAUUUCCUUCAGCGAGUGCACGCGGCGCCCUCGGUGGAGGAGAAGCUGCGGUUCUACCUGCAGCGGCAGCGGCCCAAGUACAUGGUUUACCCGCAGACCUUCGCCCUCAACGCCGACCGCUGGUACCGCAGCUUCACCAAAACCGUCUUCGUACCGGGGCUGCCCCGGAGAGCGGCGGCGGCGCCUCAGCCCGCGGCGGGAGCGGCACCCGAGGCUGCUGGAGCCCCGGGGCCGGGAGCGGCGGCUCCGGCGGACGCGAAACCCCCGUCGGGAGCUGCGCCCUUCCUGGAUGUCGCCGGGCUGCGUUCCCUCGUCUGCGACGUCCUCCUGCAGGAGACCUUCUACCAGAGCAAGGGGCGACCGUUCCUCUACCGCGAUCACGACCACACGUUCGGCCCGUUCCUUACGCAGCUCGUCCCCGCGCUCACCGCUUUCCUCUGCGGUCACAACCCGCUGCUGGCUUCCUCCGCCCUUGAUCUAAAACCUGAGGUUAACUAUUACUGGCAUCAUGGUGAGGAAGUUGUUGUUCAUGGACAUCGAAAGGGUAGAGUUGAUCCUGUGCGGUUUCAGAUAGAUGAUAAGCCACACCUCCAGAUCCGUGUACCGAAGCAGCUUCCAGAGAUUGUACCUCUGGAGUCAGAUCUUGGAGAGGUUCCUGUUAUCGAUCACAAACCAUCCAAGCUGCCGUUGUUCAAAAAGCAGUACGAAAACAGAGUAUUUAUAGGAUCAAAGGUAGCAGAUCCAUGCUGUUAUGGGCACACCCAGUUUCAUCUUUUUCCUGAUAAACUAAAACGGCAGAGGUUUAUAAAAGCAAAUCUUGAGGAUCAGAUUGAAGUUGUUUAUCGAGCUAAUGGUAUUGCAAGUCUGUUUGCCUGGACAGCGGCACAAGCGAUGUAUCAAGGGUUCUGGAGUGAAGCAGAUGUAACCCGUCCUUUUGUAUCACAGGCAGUAGUAACUGAUGGAAAAUAUUUUGCUUUCUUUUGUUACCAGCUAAAUACUUUAGCACUAACUGUAGAAACUGUUAGAAAUAACCCUCGGAAGAAUAUCUGUUGGGGUACAGAGAGUAAGCCAUUGUAUGAUGUUGUGGAAGAUGGUAGUGUGAAAGGCCUUAAUGAUGAAGUUCUAUUUCACUUGGUUAGUUUUCUGUUAAACAGACCAAAAGAGUUGUAAAUUAUUAAAACAAUAAAGUAUUCCUGUUCAUGGGCCUGAGCUUCAUUGUAACUCUAUGAAAGUAUAGGCUAGACUAUGCCUUGUUCAUAAUUAUUUGUCUAGCAAAUUAUAAAUGUUUUAUGAUAUUUUGGCCUUAUUUCUUUAUUUUAAAUGUAUGAUACUGUACACUGAAAAAUAAAUGUCUAGAAUACCA